AUAUCUGUAAGAGAUCUCUACCUUCAUCCAACCAUUGAAUCUCUAUCGGAAUUCAUCAUAUCCAAAGCCUCUUCAACCCAGUCAGAUCACGUGACAAUCCACAUCCCUACUGCACCAAGAAUUGGAAAGCCACACUUCUAUCUUUGUGGUAUACUUCAAGGUUUAUGGCUUCUUCUGAUGCUAACCACUUACACCACCUUUCUGAUGUUCCUGUUUUUAACGUUCCUCGACGUAUACGAGCUCAUCUACACGACUAUUGGCAUCCAAGGAAUCACGUGGCUGUUGCUAUGUCUUCUGUUGCUAUCAAUACCGCUGUACAUCGCCUACACUAUGUUGGUGGCCUUCAUUAUCAAGAAGAUUUUUCUUGGUAGCGUGGAGCCUGGGAUCUAUGCGCUGUGGAGCAUGUAUUAUCUGAGAUGGUGGAUUGUGAAGUCGGCAAUGUCUAUGGUCCCCACUUACCUCGUYUCUGGUACACCACUGAUGCCUCUUUUUGCCAGACUGAUGGGAGCACGGAUAGGAUCUGGCGUCUACUACAACACCUAUUCUAUCUGUGAUUUUGACCUGCUAGAGGUUGGAUCUGGUGUGAGUAUCGAGGACCACGUGUCACUUGAUACUCACCGGAUCGACAGAGGAACAUUGUUUCUGGGACGUAUCAUCAUUGAARAYAACUGCUCCAUUGGUGCAAGAUCGUCUAUCGCAUUCAACAGUACAAUCAAAAGAAAUACACACGUCGAACCGCUGACCUUAGUGACUGACAACAGUAAGAUUGAGGAGAAUUCCCACGUUCAUGGCUCCCCGGCUACGAUCAUUACGAAGAAAACCAGUGAACAGUUCCGUAUGUUCUGGUUGUCAUUGGUGAUCCUGGCUGUGCCAUAUCUUAAAGAUGCCUUCGCUAACCUUAGGGUAGAUGUCAUUGCCAUGGUGAUUCCAAUCAUUGCAGUCUUUGGUCAAACAACAAAUCUUCUCUUGACCGCUGUCUUAAAAUGGCUGUUCGUUCGUCGCCUCAAAGAAGGGGUUUUCUCCAUUAACUCUUCUACAUUCCUUUGUUACUGGAUACAGCAAAGAAUCAUUAUCAUAGUCCUAAAAUCAAGUAAAGAGCUCUUUGCUACUCUUUACACCAAUCUAUGGUUAAAAACCUUAGGAGUGAAAGUCGGGCCACAUGUAGAAGUAUCAACGGCCUUCAACUUUGUGCCAGACUUAUUGGAGCUGAAAGAAGGAAGCUUUGUCGCUGAUCACGUAUCAUUAGGUGGUGCUGUUUUCAAAGACGGUCACUUUUCCCUCACAAASACCGUCAUUGGUCAGCGGACGUUCCUAGGCAACAACAGUGUCAUUCAAGCCCAGUCCUUCGUCGGUGAUAAUGCKUUGAUUGGUGUUCUGAGURUCACACCUGAUAUWGUUGAMARCAAGACCUUCUGGUUAGGUUCACCGGCUUUCCGUCUUCCAGCACGAGCUCAAGCMWRCAAAGUCCAUUCUUCAUCACGUACCUUCAACCCACCUUGGUACUUGUAUGUUAGUCGACUGAYAUGGGAAUUCUUCAAGAUCUUUUCCCCGCCAUUAGUUCGACUGUAUGCUUUGUUUGGGAUCUGGAUGCUUGUUGCCAAGGUAUCUUAUCCUGUGUUCCAAGAAGGCACRCCACUGUUCUGGCUAUCAGCUUCCUUUUGGACCCUAGGWAUCGUAGUCUGUGUCUUAUCUCUGGUCAUCCUGCUAAAGUGGAUUCUGAUUGGUCGAUUCCGUCCCGGUGAAAGACCAUUAUGGAGUAGCUUCGUGUGGCGGUCAGAGCUGAUAGCUUCAUUGGAGGAAAACAUCGCAAUGCCCUUUGGAGUGUCAGGCUUGCUCGGCACACCGAUGGCCGCGUAUUGGUACCGAGCGAUGGGAGCUAAGAUAGGAUCACGUGUCUACAUGGCCAGUAAAUACCUGACAGAAGCAGACCUGAUAGAGAUAGGAGAUGAUUCCGUCUUGUAA